UACACCCCAUUCAUCACUAGGUCAUCAUGGCACCCAUUCUUCAUUAUUCAUUUUGCUUCUAAAAUUUAAUCUUAAUUUCUCAAAACGUUUAUUUUGAUCCAUUAGACAGUUUUUAUUUUACAUAGAUAAGGAAUCUUUCUCAUCAAAGAAUGGUAAAUAAACUAGGAUAAUAUACAAAUGGGCUCAAAACUUACAGACCUCGCUGACCUGAAACCUUCAGCUGAUUAUGCAUUGAACUCAUUUCUGAUUGGAAUAAGUGACGAGUUGCUUGAAAGUGAUUUGGAAAAACUGAAAUUUCUUUGCAGAGGAAAAUAUGGUAUUGGAAAGGCAAGGCUUGAAAAGGUUAAAUCUGCAUUGGAUUUAUUUGAAAUCCUACGAGAGAAAGAACUGCUCAAUGAAAACAACAUCAUAACACUUCAAAGCAUGCUCUGGAUGCUACCAAGGAAAGAUCUUCAAAAGAGAUUUGUUGAAUUUGCGGAUUCACUUGACUCAAGCAUUCAUUUUGUCGUCCCGAAAGAAACACCAGAAAACGGCUUCAAAUAUCUGAAAUUUCACAUACGGGGAAAGAACCUCAACAACUAUGGAAGAACAGAACUGGAAAGGCUUCGCUCAAUGGUAGCAGAACUGCUUUUAGUUCCAAAGGAAUUUAUCAUCAUAUCCGGAAUCGAACCUUCAAACAGCCUAGUUAUCACCAUAAUGGUACCAGAAGAAUUUGCAAGCAGAGUGUUGUUUUCAGAUCCACACAAAUUAGCUAUGCUGAAUGAGGUGUCUGUAAGCCACGUAGGACUAGACGAGGAUGUGGUUUGGGUGCAAGAGGAUGCACAUACUCAUCUAUUAACAGAAGACAAUAUGGGGGAAGAAGCACGAAGUUUGAUGCUCAGACAAAAUCAAAUGGAAAGAGAGUUAGAACAGGCACACAGUAAAAUAGCCACUCUGACCACACAAAUUGAUGAUAUGAAGAAAAAUGAUCGGUCUCAAUGCAUGUUGUAUUUUUUGGCUGUUUUGAUUCAACAAAUGCAUGAUGUUUAUAUAAACAUUAUGAAAGCAAGUAAAUUUAUGAAAGAGUGUGCCUUGGAUCCUGUUGAUAGUCUUCAGAAAUUAUGUGUCCUUAGACGAUUUCGAUAUCAGCUAGAAAAAGUAAGAAAGUUGGGUUAUGAUGAAAAUAUUGUCUACGAUUUGCUGGAUGCCCAAGCAUUGGUUUUUCAAUGGCAAAAACAUGAAAAAUCAGAUAUAACUAUAGUAGAUCUUGCAAAUACCAUCAGAGAACUUGAAAGAAAACUUGCCAUGGUUUCUUGGGAAAGAGACAAACUUGCAUAUUAUCACGGUAUCGGGAUUCAGGAUAAGGUGAUGUCAAAAAGAGAUGAAUAUUGCUUUUCAGCCUUACGGGAAAAUAUUGGUAUACCCUUCAUGAUUGAGCAAAGAACUGAAAUGGAAAUCCCUGAAGAGUGCAUCGAAUAUGUAUUCAAACGCUUGGACAAAGACAUUUCUAAAGAUGAUCUGAAAAUACUCUUGGAAAAAAUCAAUGUAACUGGAAAGCCAAAACGUUAUGCUGCCUUGUCUGGCUAUCAAUACUUAAAAACAGCCCACGAUAUUCAGCGCAUGCAUGGUAAAGGCAUUGAACUAAGAUCUUUUGUGCAAUAUUACUUGGCAGACCCUCUACAAAGAACCGAUUUUCUGGAGAAAUUAAGAAUCUACGUGAAUGAAUUCAUUUCAAACUCUCAGACUACUACAGGCGGUCGUAGAAAAGCUGAGCGGCGUAAACCACAGACAUAUGUUAUUCGCAAGGGAUCCGGAAAUAAGAAGUCAGCUAUGCCCCGCUCGCAGAAUCGGGUUGUGAAUGAUGCAGAAGAAAAGCAAAGUUAUGGCGAAAUUAAGGAAAUGCUCUCAGAGCUUAAAGAGAUGCUAAAGACGCAGGUAUCUAAAAAUGCGUUCCAAACAAACAAAAAUGCCGUUUUUAAUGGAUACAGAGCUCUCUUUGAUCCAUCAAAACGUAUUCCAAUGGAAUCUAAAUCCUUUUGACAGAUUAAUUGAUUCGGAAUAUGAUAAAAGUAAAGUAAUCAGUAUUUUUCAUAUAUCUGACACCAGGGAGACAUUUUAUAAUUCAAAUUCAAAACAGACUUGUGCAGAUUUUGUAUGAGUAUGCACUAUCUAAAAUUAGCAAUUUCAAUUUAACAAACAAUAGUGUAGUAGUGGUUUGAGAAAAGUAUGUGUCUUUCUGUCAAUUCAUUGGAAUUUUUUAAGCUUUUUAGAAAAUAUUAAAGUCUAAUUUCAUAAUA